UAAAAUUUAUUAUUUUUAGAUACCUGAGGUCCCUAGUUUAAAUUAACUCUUAAAACUGUUCUUCGACAACGUAACCAUGAGUGACAUCGCUAAACUAAAGGCUCAAAUUGUGUCCCGAUUCAACAUCAGCGGAUUCCAGAUUCGAAGCGAAGCAAGCAUCUUCCUAGCCCAGCAAAUCUCACCACUGUCCGAUGGCGAUCGGAAACGCUGGCUGCAGAACAUUGCCAAUCACGUCCAGGGCCAAAGCCUGGAACUGCCCGUGAUCGAAAAGAAACACAUCGAACUGGCCAUCAAGGAGGCCAACAACACCGGACUCGAGGACAACGAGUCCGUGUUCGCGGUGAUUAAUGCAUUCGAUGUGCCCAAGUUUCGCUACUGUGAAGAGAAGAAAAAGUUUCUUCCGGCUACUGGGACGCGCGGGUUACUCCCCGGACCGGAUGCCAAAUCGGAAUACAUCCGCGAUCGGUAUCUGAUGCUGUGGCAGAAAACCAGCCGUCACGAGAUGUUCAACAGUAGCACAAUUGGAGUUAACAAUAAUGAAAAGCGUUUGACACUGAAGAAAAUCGAAACGCUGCUGUCGACGUCCAAGAUGAACGAUGUUGUGAUCCUCGGGCUGCUGACUCAGUUGACCGAAGGAAAUUUUUACCUGGAAGAUCCAACCGGAGUGGUUCCGAUUGAUAUCAGCGAAACUGCAUUCUCCUCGGGGCUCUUCUGCGAAGGCUGUUUCGUUUUGGCUUGUGGAAAGUUCCGCGAUGGAAUAUUGAAAAUCGAGGAAAUGGGAUUCCCUGUAACCGAACUGGCCACAAGUAGUCGAGCGUUUUUCGGCACGGUUAACACCUGGGGAGGUCGUUCCAAAAGUUUGUUGAAAUAUUCCCGUAAUCUAGCGGAAUUGGAGAAAAAUGAUAGUAAAGAUAGCAUAGUAUUUUUGUCUGACUGUUGGCUAGAUAAUCCGAUCGUGUUGGCAAAGUUGAAGAUGCUUCUGCAAGGGUACAAUCAGUUUCCACCGGUAGCAAUUGUUCUGAUGGGACCGUUCGCUAAAUUGAACGAAAAUGUGUACUCUUUGAAGGGACGUUUUCAGGCACUAGGUGACAUUCUGGCGGGUUGCGAACGUCUCAAAAUGGAAACCGACGUCGUGUUGGUACCGUCCUGUGAUGAUCCUGCAGCGGCCAAUAUCCUGCCACGACCACCGCUUCCCGAGUGUUUAGUGGGUGACUUGAAGAAACGUUAUCCGCGCGUUGUUCUUGCUAGCAACCCGUGUCGAUUGCAGUACUGCACCCAACAGAUUGUGGUCUGCCGAGCGGAUCUGGUGACGAAACUGUGCCGUAAUACGAUCUACUUCCCCAAAAGUGGUCAACUGGAGGAUCACUUUGCUCGUACACUCAUCAGCCAGGGCACGCUGGCUCCGUUGCAUCCGAUUGCACUGCCCGUGCAUUGGAAUUACGAUGCAGCAUUGUCGCUUUACCCGUUGCCGGAUUUGAUAGUCGUUGGAGACCCUUGUCAGGGCUUUCAGACCACGGAACAGGAGUGUACCGUGAUGAAUACAGGCUCGUUUCCAAAAUCCAAAUUUGCCUUCAAAGUGUACAUUCCAUCUUCGCGGACAGUGGAAGAUUCACAGAUUCCGGAUGAUUGAAACAUUCUUCUAUAUUAUAAUAAAGAAACGCUCGUUGUUUACCAGCA